CUUCUGUUGAGCUCGAUUAUGCACCGCGCCGCUGCUGCGGCGCCGGUACUGGCGGCAGCAGCGUUUGCAGUGAAGGCGCGCUAUGUCACGACAGACGAGCACUCGGCUGUGCUGGCCAUGUGUUCCCUCGGACCUUGGCAGUGCCUCAAGGCAGUGCCAUGGAGGCUCGAGUUCUUCCUGAAGCUCCGGCCGCUCGCCGGCCAAGUGGAGACGCUGGCUGGCGAGCAGCUGCGGCGGCAGUGGAAGCCACGGCCACAAGAUGUGGUGGUUGCCGUGCCACCAAAGAGCGGCACCACGCUGCUGCUGCAGGUGACUCACCAGCUUCGUCGCGGAGGUGUCUGGCUCGACGAUGAGUUCGAGGACCAGACGGACAUCAUUCCCCAGCUUGAAGGCGGGCCUGCAUCUUUGCUGCCCCAGAACGACAUCAACAAGGACCAGGUGGCAUCUCCGCGAUUGUUCAAGUCACACCUGCGCUUCAGGUCGUGUCCGGAAGAUGUGAAGAGAAUCUACUGCUUCCGUGACAUCAAGGAUGUCCUGGUUAGCGACUGGGCCUUCACCGCGUCGAUCCUGGAGUCCGACGUGCCCCUGGAUUCCUAUGCCUUCAUGCGGGUGGUGCCUGGCGGUGUCGAUCGAGCCCUGAAGGACCUCUGCGACUGGUGGGAGCAUCGCCACGACCCACAGGUGUGCCUCCUUUUUUUCGACGACCUGUUGGAAGAUCGCUUCGAAUGUGUCCGUCGCCUCCAGCGCUUCUUGGAUCUUGAGGAGGAUCCCGGUUUGGCAUCCACGGUCGCGGCGCAAAGCAGCCACGAGUUCAUGUCCAGGCCGGAGAAUCAUUCCAAGUUCGACGAUCACAAGAUCGUCCAGGAGAUCGAUCGCCUCAGAGGGCUCCGCCGUUCGCGGCCCCUCACCGGCAAAGUGCGCCAUGGCGGUGGCAGGUCGGGGCAAGGCGCCGUGCUCCUGCCGGACUCUGUCCAGAGCUGGAUUGACUGGAGGUGGAAGUGCAUUGUGCAGCACCGCCUGGGCUUUGCAAACCCUGCCGAGAUGCGUGCUGUGUGGGCCCGCGAGCGCGAGGAGGGCGGAAAAGUGACAGAUGCCAUCGCUGCAUAG